AUGUCCAUCACUGUGGUCAAAGACAAGAUGGUUGUCGGGAGAUCACCGCCGCCGCAUCACAUCCUCAAGACUCUUUGCUUCACCGCCCGCUGCUCAGUGAACACGGGCCUGAUGCAGGCUAAUGUAACUGCAGCUCUCGGGACGAUACAGAUCAUGGUUGGCCUCUUCAACAUCGGACUUGGACCAGCACGAAUAAGCACAAAUCCUGAGGAUUUCACCAGCUUGGGAGCGACUUACUGGCUGGGUGCUGUGUUCAUUGUAGCUGGAGUCCUGUCCCUUGUCAUUGGCCGGUUCUCUUCUCUGUUUUUGCUGGGCUUGGCUGUGUUGCUGAACAUCGUCGGAUCUUUCUUCUCCAUCGUUGCCGUGGUGCUGUACGCCUUCGACUUGGCAGACGCCCCUGCCGCCGCCAUGUGUCACUGGAACGGCUAUGGAGUUCGUAAUAUUGACAACUGCAAAUAUGCGGCUAACUUUGCCCAGCGAUUGCUGACAACCGUAGAUAUCACCAUGAUCGUCCUGGCCGUACUGCAGCUGUGUGUGUGCAUCAGUAUUGCUGCUCUGGGCAUCAAAGCUGUGUUCAGCAGGAAGGAGGAAGAGGUGUCUGUCUGUCUGUCUGUCUAUCUGUCCAUAUAUAUAUAUACACACGCUGUUAGCCAGUGGAGACCGACGUCCUCGCGUGGCGGCCAUCCUACCACAGGCAGCUCACCCACUCAUAACAUCAUAGUCUAA